AUGGAACAUGGUACCAGUCUCUCUCUCUUCUAUUUCCCUGGCCAGGAAUGGGGUUUGGUGAUUAGCAACGUGGAAGAAGAGGAUGCCGGGAUCUACGGCUGUCAUAUCCCCACUUAUCCCCCAACGUCCAUCUUCAUCCAGUUGCAUGUGACACGGACGGUGGCGGAGAUAUCCGGAGGUCGUGAGAUCCACGUGAAAUCUGGCAGCUCGCUCCGACUGCAUUGCCGAUUCAUCGGCGGCCAUCCUUCAUACGUAUUCUGGUACAAAGGCUCCGACAUGAUCAAUCACGAUUCGAAGGUGAGCGUCGGCCUGGACGACGAAGGGAGCCUCAUGGUCCUCUCCAACGUGGACACCAAUGACUCGGGAAACUUCACGUGCGAACCUUCUACUGGACAGCCUGCUUCCAUCACUGUUCACGUUCUCAACGCUGGUGAGAAUCCAGCCGCGGCGAUGCGUCAAAGAGCGAGUCUGAUAUGUCGACCGAGAUCCAGCAUCUCGUUAUUGGUGUUGGCCAUUCAUUUCCUCAUUCCUCGGCUCGUUUUCCCCGUCCCAGCCAACCAUGGCUCAUCUGCCUCUUUCUCCCGUAAUCCCGGAAAAGAGAGGGAAGAUGCAGAAAAGCGCAUUCUCCUGGCUUGA